CUGGCCUUUGCUAUAGUGCAACGCAAGGGCGACGCUCGAGGAUCCCAGUAGCAAGCUACUAUGGAGAAUCCUCCCCCUAAAAAAAUUAAUUUAAUAUCAUGUGAGUCAUUGACUCACGUAUCAGAUAUUAAACUGAUAAGAACAGAUACUACACUUGAUCUUAGCCAAAAGGCCGAGAAAGGACAACUACAAGAAAUUAACCAAGCUCUGGCAAAACAGCGUACACUGACAAGAUGUGCAUUUUCCCCAGCGUAUGACCUGCCUUGGGCCACAAAAAGUGUUCUUGGGGGUUCCACUCAUAACGAGAGCCGACUCUAAUGCAGGCAGUUGGAAUCUUUUGACUUACAAAUUGGUAGGGGCUGCGCGAACGCAAGCCCCCUCUACCACAAAUUAUGACGUAGGCUCUCCCACUUGGGGAGACCUUAGGCAAGUGCACCUUCAAAGUGCAAUGAAGGCCACUUUCCUAGGCCAUGGACCUUUUUGAUCGCCCAUUGACCCCGUCCAGGCAUAUUUGGAAGGCGCAAAGGGGAGCGAUUCCACAGAGAAAGAGAGACCAGAGAGAUGGCAACAACGCCAACGAACAGAGCAGAAAGGAGAAGGAAAAUCGUAGAGAGAGGUUCAGAUCGCCUUGCUCUCAUCACUGGCAGAAUCCACAACCUGCCCUCAUCACCUUCCUCACCUCUGGAUCACCAUGACUUGUUCUCUCGCGAUCAACAGACCCCACGAUCAUAUCUCAACGUUGGGGAACUUGGUGAAGCUUCUCGUUCAUCCUUAUUUCUUAGACGUCAAGCUAGCUAUGAAGCUCCAAAGGGAAGCACCUUUGAUGUUGGAGUCAAGACUGAACCAAGUAAAGUAUUGAAUAAAUCUGAGUCUGUGAAAGAAAUAAUCUCUGUUCCUUCCGAGGGGGAAAUUAGGACAAGAUUACAACCAUUGCAGGUGAAAACAGAAAUCCAGAAGGUAUCACAUGAUCCUAAGCCAAUUGAAAAAACAAUUAAGUACCAGCCUAGAUUAUUCUCUUCUCAGCGACUGAAUCACUGCAUUAUUGCUUCCGAAGGACUGCGCAGCUUCUGUGCCUUCUUGGUAGCACUUAUGGUUGUUCUGUCUUACAUUUCUUAUCCACUGUUUGGAGGAAAUAUUGCCAACUCAGAGAGUAUUGUAGUCUCAAGACCUGUUUACAUUCUCCUGUUAACUGAUAUCACGAUUGUGCUUGCACAUAUGUAUGUUGACAAGAAAGGAGAUUUUGAGGAGGUUGAGGAAGAAAAGGUAGUGCAGAAUGAUGGAGAUAACUGGACAGAAGCAGUUAAGUUUAUGGAGAGGGGAUUAGUUUUCUACCAGACAAUCCGAGCACUUUUCAUAGAUUUCAGUAUUUAUUCAGUGGUGGUAAUCUGUGGCCUUUCUUUCAUCUAGUCCUUCCCUUGCCAGAUGAAAUACCAUUUUUGGUUCUUUCCCCGUCUCUAAUCUGUCAAUUCUAGAAAUUCAUUCAUUUUUCAGCACUGCUAGGAUCAAAUCCCCUGUUGCUCCUAUUUCUUCCUAAUAAUCCCUUUUUGUUAUAAGUGAGAAUAAAAAGGCCUAAUUUCAGAAGGCGGAAUUCAUUUAAGUAAGUUAGCUCUUCUGUUUUCCAGAUGCAUUUAUAAUUUGAAUGGUACUUUGAAUUAUGUAUCUUUCAUCCUUAUGUCAUGAAUAACAGAGCAUUUUUUUU